AUGGUCGGAUUCCUGAUCCCGCCGUGGUACAAACCCUUUUGGUACUUCUUGACGUUGAUCAUUGCCUGGACCAUCAAGACUCAAUGCCUUAUGCAAAUUCUUACAAACAGGAUUUCCCUUAUCCUCUACAACCCUGAGAAGGCCAGAAAGCUAAAGGUCUACAUUUUCCUGGCCAUCGGCGUCAUCAAUGUCAGCGUGUUCAUUGUUUGGAUCCCUGCCCGCCUCCAGGUCCUGAUCAUUGGUCUCAUGUCUCUUCGCAACGACGCUCUUUACGUCCAAGUCCAUCCCCUAACCUACAUGGCCAAACUUUACAUUGAGAUGAAUAUUGCCGAAUUCCUCGGCAAGAUCCUCAAGCAAUCGAACCGUCGACACAAUUCCUUUUCUCUGUCGAACAACUACCACAGUUUCACUACCUUUGAUGGCUGGCGCCCCGAUCUCGAAGCGACCGGCAACCCGCACAACUACAUUUUCAACCGCGAAUGGCGGCGGUCGAAGCACCAAUUUCACAUCAAGCCUUCUGGCGGGCAGAUGCACCCGCUCAACAUGGAUAUAUUAACAGGCGGGGAGGAGAGCCAUGAUCGUACAAACAAGUGGGGUGGGAUUCAUGGGGCUGGGUUGUACGACAUCUCUGCGGAAAAGGAGGACGAAGUAGGAAAGCCAUCGACACCAAGCGAAGUUCGUGUCAAAGAUUCGCCAUGGUCAAUGAUGGAUGUCAAGCGGCGAUCAAGCAGUCAAGAGUCAAGGCAGUCGAGGAGGGUUCGGCCUAGGACGCAGCGCGCAGAGACUUGUGCUGGGUACGACGAUGGAAAAGACAACAACGGAGAUACUGGUGUAGACAGGCCGCGUGCCAACCGUUGCAUUUCGCAGGAUUAUCGGAGAUCAAGAAGCAAUCGGGAUAAUGGUGUUCAAACAGACCUGGAUACCGAUGGACUGUUGCGAGGAGCGAUCCCACCGACAAAAACCUACAGUGACCAUGGACGAGGGGGAUAA